AAUCUGUGGACAUUCGUUCCUUCGUAAUCCAACCAAGUGGUAUCAGAAUGUACAAAAUAAGCUUUCUAGUCAUCGUACUGUCCGUGUUAGUGAUUUGUGUAUAUGCACAAAGCCCAACGUCCAUCUCGACACCGGCACAAACCUUGCAACGGCCAGCCUGUAAACGGAACGAAGAAUACACGGACUGUGGCAACUCGUGCACGGAAAAGUGCCGCCGCUCCACACAAUGUCCAACGGUGUGUGAAGUGGGAUGCUUCUGCCGCAAGGGUUUGUUACGAAACAGUAAUGGUAUCUGCGUGCAACCCUACCUGUGUCCGUACAAAAACUACUUCGGUUAAACUGGAAGUGAAACUAGUGUAAUAGUUCAAAUCAUAUGUUUAGCACUGCUUGGUAGAAUGUGCAAAAUACAGCUUUAAGUAAAC